CUCAGGUUGAUGUCGCUUAACCGGUCGUUCGAUCGAAGAUUCAGCGCCUAUGCAGGGCUAAAUUUGCGUUAUGUCGCCAAGGGUUUUAACAGAUGUAAAAGUUGUCGAUAUCCAGAAACGAAAGGUUCCGAGCAAGCAUUAUGUUUAUGUGAUAAAUGUCACUUGGUCAGAUGGUAGUGUUAAUGUUGUCUACAGGAGAUACAGCAAAUUCUUUGACCUUCAGACUAAACUUUUGGAAGAGUUUCCUCAUGAAAGUGGUGUAAAAGAUCCUUCGAAGAGGAUUUUGCCAUUUUUGCCAGGUAAAAUUAUAUUUGGAAGAAGUCAUGUGCGAGAUGUAGCAUUACGUAGAAAGGAACCCAUUGGUGAAUAUUGUAAGGAGCUAAUCUCGCUACCACCCAAGAUAUCCACUAGUGGCACUGUAUUGAAGUUCUUUGAGCCACAACCAGAGGACAUAGACCUUCCAUCUAAGGAGAAAGACAAGAAAAGAAAGGAAAAGGAUUCAGCUGACCACAUAAGUGGGCCAGUUAUGUUGGAACAGUAUGUGGCCAUUGCAGAUUACAAAAAGCAGAAUAGAAAUGAAGUUAACAUGGUUGCGGGAGAUAUUGUGGAAGUUAUUGACAAGAAUGAAAAUGGUUGGUGGUUUGUUAAUGUAGAUGAAGAGCAGGGUUGGGUUCCAGCAGCUUAUCUUGAGCGUGAGGAUGGCAGCUUAGAUGAGUCUGCCAAUCAAUUAGUGACUGAAUCAGGAGAGAGAAUGAUUACAACAACAACCUACAAAGCAGAACUCGAUGAUGAAAUUUCAUUUGAGGUUGGCGUUUUAGUGACCGUGAUAGAGAAGAAUUUUGAUGGAUGGUGGCUUAUUCGGUAUCAGAAUCGCGAGGGUUGGGCGCCAGCCAUGUACCUCAAGAAAGCUGAUCCCUCUCAGCUUGAAGCCAUACGACAUGGUUCAGAGUCUUUAGCGAGAGAGAAAACUGCAAGCGUGGCGAGUGGUGUACAGAGUGCUUCUAGAAUUCAUGGCUCCAACAAAACUGGAACGAAAGGUCGGAAAGUGCCUCCAAGGAAGGCUUCGGUCAAAAGGUCCAAAAAGUUGCCAGUUCACAUCACAAACAUGUCAUACGAGAAAACUAUGGCUAUACGCGAUUCACCUACUUCAAAGUCUCCUGAAGUAGAAUAUUUUACCGUUGGCGACUUUCGUUCAUUGGGUGUAGAGGGAGCGUUAAACUUUACUGAAGGAAUGUCUGUGGAAGUUGUCGAGAAAGCUCCAAAUGGAUGGUGGCUGGGAAAAAUCGGUGGAGUAGAGGGUUGGAUACCAUCCUCAUACCUGGGUAAAAGAUUGCUGGAGAAACAACAAGCCAAUAGAGCAGAAUCUUCAAAUGCCUCAAUAAACAUUCCUAAACCCUCCCCUCGUAUUCCAGAAAAAAUUCCAGAGGGUAACGCUACGUUUUUCACGUUAGCAGAUUAUAAUGACACUUUUGAAGGUGGCAUUUCCUUCAAAGAAGGGCAACCAGCGCAGUUAAUCGAACAAAAUCCGGAUGGAUGGUCAUAUGUUAGAAUCCAAGGCAAAGAGGGUUGGGCACCAACAAGCUAUCUUGUUUCAAGCACGGAAAAAAAGUCUGCAGCUCCUCCUCGACCAGUCGCCCCUGUAAGCGCAAAGCCGAUUGCAAAACAAAUGCCGAACAUCGCGUCAUCUCAGUCUGGAAAAGGUGCAAGUUAUGCUCAGUCGCAGCAAAGGAAGCCGUUACCAGUUCCUGCAAAGAAUACCACCAAAAUGGCUGUCUCUUCACUGAAUUCAGUUCCUAAGAAACCUGAUCUUCCGGCCAAACCUCAAGUAAAACCACGUUCGAAGAUCUGGCCUCCAGAAGUCUCAGUGAAAUCAUCGAUUACGAAACCAACUCGUGUUCCUGUGAAACAGAACAUCUUCUGCAAAGCCUUAGAGUCUUUCUCCUCUGAAAAUGGUGAAGGUUUAUCGUUUUGUACUGGAGACGAAUUUGAGUUUGUAGAAGACUCCAAUAAUGGGUGGUGGUUGGUCAAGACAAAGGGUGGAAAGGAAGGUUGGGUACCAGCAUCUUACUUAGAGAGGGUGAAUAUUAAACCAGUAGCGCCCAAAAGACCAGCAAAACCAAACCCUCCAAAGAAGGCGCAACACCAAGAUACGAAAACUGUUUAUGUAGCUAUGGCAGAAUACGCUGACGAAGGGGAUCAAGAUUGUAUCAGCUUUAAAAAAGGCGAUCGCAUGGAAGUGCUUGAAAUGGAUGAGGGAGGUUGGUGGUUAGUAACGAUUGGAGGAAAGUCCGGUUGGGCGCCAUCAAAUUUUUUGAAACCUUUGGAAUGAACUGAAUUCAGAGUAAGAAUGAUUCAAAAAUGAGUGACAGCCAAGGUUGAAGGACUUCUUAAUUUCUCAGGCAGCAUUAGGGCCCCGUCCACACGCAUCCGGAUAUUUUUGAUUCUGCAACUUUUUC